AUGAACGAUUCACUGUCGGACGAUGAAGUCACGAGGCAAACGGCUCGACAACAAGUCAACCAGCUGGGUGAGCGGCCAGACUUCAACGACUACAUGGCUUUUAUCUUCACGGAAAUGAAAUUUCAAAAUAAGGCAAACCCAAAAGAAGGCCAGCUUAUAUUGAAGAAAUUUGAGAGCGUACGCCGCGGCGUAGCCCCUCCACGUGUAAGCGUGGAUGACCCUGUGAGAGUAGUUGCGGCUGCUCUGGCCUACUUCAUCAUAAAUGACUCGAAGAUCAAGCUCACACGAUGGAUUGAUUUGCUUCAGAGGCUCGGUGAGCUUUUAGAUUUGCCGGACGAGAGAAUCUGCGAGGGCUGUUUAGGGGUACUGCACAAAGUCUGCCGUGACUACUCUAAGGAAACGGGUGUAGUUCUACGCAAUGAUCAUCUCACUGAUCUCGUUCCCAAGUGCCUAAAGUUCUUCCGGCACAGCAACCCCCGGCUUCGGUACUGCGCCAUCACUUUCAUCAGUCUACUAUUUAUCGAUUGUAAACAGGCCGCUGUCGUUCACGCUGACGCAUUUGUAACGAACCUGCUGCAGCUGGCAUUGGACACAGACUACGAAGUGCAGAAGGCCAUGUGUCGUGCUCUGGCACUGCUCCUGGAAUAUCAUAUCGACUGCCUCAUCCCUCAUAUGUGCUGCAUUGUCGAGUACGUGAUGAACAGGAUGCAAGACGCGGAAGAAGACGUUGCUGUGGAGGCACGUGCCACACUUUUUUGUCUAGCGAAACCAAUCUGCAAGGAGGCACUGACUCCACACUUUUCGAGUCUUGUCCACAUUCUCCUUAAUGGAACGAAAUACUGUGACACUGCCGCCGAACGACUCAAGCAAGUAAUACCAGGCACCAUUCAAAAUCCGGGUUCGAUAUACAGAGGAAGAGAGAGCAUUGACUACGGUCUUGUGUCAGGAACGAAAGUUCCACUUGACAAUAUUUUGUACGCGCGGAACCUGAGGACCAGCUCAGCAAUUGCACUGGGUGCAAUAUCUACUGUAUUCAAUGAGGAGCUUCUUACGCUGCUGCGCCCUAUUAUUAGGCAGAUGCUGAAGGACAAGGACUGGGUGAUUAUGGAAUCUGCCAUUUAUGUUCUCGGGAUCAUCGCUGAAGGCUGUCAUGAAGGAAUGGCCCCAUACCUACCACACCUGAUCCCGUUGUUCUAUAUCCAUUUAAGAAGUCACAGAGCCGCUGUGCGGUCAGCCGCCUGCUGGACACUGAGCCGCUACUGCCCUUGGGUGUUGAGACAACCGCAGCACUUAUACUUAAAGCCCUUGCUGGAACAACUGCUGGAGAAGGUACUGGACGAACACGAAAUGGUUCAAGAGGUCGCCUGCAAUUCCCUUAUAAGCGUAGAAGAGUGCGCCGAAACAGAGCUUGUGCCCUACCUCAACUCCAUUUUGGACACACUUUACAGCGGGUUCCUGAAGUACAGGCGGAGUCGUUUCUAUAUGCUGUACAAUGUAAUAGAGGUUCUGGCAGAUUCUGUGCCGUCAGAGAUUUGCAGGCGUGAAUUCAUUCAGUACUUUAUUAGACUACUGACUGAGGACCCCAUUGGACUGGAAGACAGUCAGAUUAACAUGUUUCAUCUACUAAGGUGUCAGGGCAGCCUGGCUACAGCCCUGAAAUCUGACUUCUUGCCCUACCACCUGCCUGUGGUGAACAGAUGCAUCCGCACUGCGCACUUAGGAAGACAAGGGUUUUUAGCCAAAGCAAUUCAUCUGCAAUAUUCAAUCACACCGGAAAAACCACUGACGAUUGCUGCUUUGAAAACUUUAACCAAGCUGGCGGAAUGUCUUGGACGUGACAUGGAACCCUCUCUUUCUAGUACCAGCAUCAUCGAGCUGAUGGUCGACUGCGCAAAGGACUCGGUGCCUGAAGUGCGCCAGGCGACGUUUAACUUCCUCGGAACGUUUGUCAAAAUCUGCCCCAAGAGCCUUUCGACAAAAGCAAGUUUUCUCGUUCCAUUGCUCAUUGAGAACUUGAAUAACCAGAUAACACCACUCUGCAACAGCGCGACCUAUGCGAUCAGGGAGCUCGCCAUGACAUUGAGAGAGGAUGUCAAACCAUACGUUUACGAGAUACGCGCGAAACUUACAACAAUCAUCAACAGCCCCCGCACAUCGGAAUCUUUGCGGGUGGACACGACUGUCGCAAUUGGAUACCUUGGUCACAUUUUCCCAUACGAAAUGGCACCCGCGUUGUGUCGGUUCAUAGUUCCAUGCUGUUCAGCAAUUGGGAAAAUUCCUGACGGUGAAGUGAAGAACUUUGCGUUACGUGGUAUUUUUACAUUGGUAAGCGAGAAUCCCGCUGGAGCUUUGCGGUACUUUAUUACCCUCCUAGAUACCAUAAUUGCCUGGAUUAUUCGCCAGGAUGACUUGAAGCAAGCCAUGAAUAACCUCAUCCGCCUCUACAAGCAGUGCUAUGGGACCACGCGACUCCACCAUUUCUACGAAAAGCUACCGCCUGCCCUCCGUCAACGAGUGUUGGGCACCUACGACUUCUGA